AUGGCGUACUACCCCGAUUGGGCAGCACCCACGUUCCCGCCGGAGAAGAUCGAUUUCGGCCGCUUUGAUUGGAUAGACUUUGCUUUCGCUCUCCCGGACCAGAACUACAACCUCACCUGGGACGAGCCGAGCUCUGCCCCGGGCCUACUCUCGCGCCUCGUCUCUGCCGCGCAUCGCAGCGGUAAGAAGGUCAAGCUAAGCGUUGGCGGCUGGACCGGGAGCAAGUACUUCUCUCCAGCAGUCUCGGAUGCCGAUAGCAGACAGACGCUUGCGGCGAACAUCCUGGCGCUGUACCGGGAGUUCGACCUCGAUGGCAUCGACAUCGACUGGGAAUAUCCCGCGCAGGAUGGCCUAGAUGGGAAUGAGGUUUCCCCAGAUGACAGCGCCAACUUCCUUUCGUUCCUGCAGCUGCUUCGGACCACACUGCCCCCGACGUCUAAAAUAAGCGCCGCCGUGCAAACCGUACCGUUCGCGGAUGCAAACGGCAAUCCACUCGGGGAUGUGUCUGAUUUUGCAAAAGUCCUCGAUUGGGUGCUUAUCAUGAACUAUGAUACGUUCGGCUCGUCGAAUACCCCCGGUCCUAACGCACCGCUGAGCGAUGCCUGCCACAACUCGACGCAGCCCAGCUCGAACGCGGCGGCAGCCCUCGGCGCCUGGACUGCAGCCGGCUUCCCGGCGUCCCAGCUCAUCCUGGGCGUUCCAUCGUACGGCUACAUCUCGCAAUCCGACGCGACCCGGCUCCGUGCUCGCGCGCAGGACUUUGCGUCCGAAGCGAAGCCGCUUCCCGCGACACGUCGCAAGACGCGCUCUCGUGACCGAGGGACUCGGCACGCACGCCGUCGGGCGUCUGCCCGGGAUUGGCCAGGCGCGUUUCGGGUGCUCGCCGAGGCGGGUCCCGCGAUCCAGGCGACCAACGACGAUGGCGGGACGGACGACGGGCAGGUGCAGUUCCGCUCGCUGAUCGCGCAGGGGAUCCUGCAGUACGCGCCGCAGGACGACGACGGGGGUGGUGGUGGCGGCGGUGGCGGUGACAACGGCACGAGCGCGGCGCCGACGCGGAUGACCGUGGAUGGGCAGGAGUUCGACAGCCUGUAUGAGGGCUGGAGCGGCUUCACGCGAUACUGGGACGAGUGCUCGAGCACGCCGUUCCUGCGGUCGGGGGCGGCGGACCAGGUGGUGACGUAUGACGACCCGCUGUCCCUGGGCCUCAAGGCGGCGUUCGCCCGGCAGUCGGGGAUGCUCGGCGUGAAUAUGUUCGAUGUGCAUGGGGACACGGACCAAUGGGACCUGACGGAUGCGCUCAGGAAAGGUCUUGGCGUGUCCUGA